AUGACCGUCGACGCAACUGAGCGACAGCUACAGAGCUUGCUGGCCAAGCCCACAGUAAAUGCCAACAAAGACUCCAAAGCUGCUGCUGCCAUUCCCAAGCUAAUACCGCGCGGGCCGCGGAGGUCAUCAACGAGAACUACCGAUGUCGAGCCGGCUCCCAGCACUCCUGCGCUCGCUGCACCUUCAGGCAAGAAUGGAGAAUUCGUACACCCGGCCAAGCGUAUCCUCUCUCCAGAGGAUCACCGCAAGUUUCUUGAGUCGAAGACAUACAUCCUGAUCCAGGCAUGGAUUUUCAACCUGGCGGACUGCGUGCAGGGUAAGAGGACUAGAUCUUUUGACGGGGCGCCUCUGUCAGAAAACAUAAAAAGAAUAGACAAGGCUCUCGAUGAGCUCGAUGCCCUGCAGCAACAGUAUCCAGCGUUCGACACAGGAUCGAGGUUUGGAAAUCCUGCUUUCCGCGAUUUCCAUCGAGCCGUUGUUCGCAAUCUGGACCGAUUGCACACACAGGUCCUCCAGAUUGAAGAUGAGGCGGCUGCAGAAGAACUCUCGGUGUAUUUGGCCAGUUCUCUUGGGUCUGAAGAGCGUCUCGACUAUGGCUCUGGUCACGAGCUGAAUUUUGCCAUGUGGCUACUCUGCUUGUACCAGCUGGGCAAAGUCACCAGCGAGGAUUUCCCCGCUCUUGUGCUGCAUACGUUCUUGCGCUACUUUGAGCUGAUGCGGAAGAUACAGAGUACCUAUUACCUCGAGCCAGCCGGCAGCCAUGGUGUAUGGGGCCUGGAUGACUACCAUUUUCUGCCCUUUUUGUUCGGGGCCAGCCAGCUCACUGGACAUGCCUAUAUCACUCCAAAAGCCAUCCAUAACAAUGUGAUAUUGGACGAAGAAGGUGAUGACUAUCUCUAUCUCAAUCAAGUCCGGUGGGUAGACAGUGUCAAGACUGUCAAAGGUCUGCGCUGGCACAGCCCCAUGCUGGACGAUAUAUCCGGCGCCAAAAAUUGGCAGAAGGUUGAGGAUGGUAUGAAGAAGAUGUUUGUCAAAGAAGUCCUCGGAAAGCUCCCCAUCAUGCAGCACUUCCUCUUUGGGAGCUUGAUUCCAGCUACCAAGGACAUGGGGCAGCUGGAUCCCGAAGUCCUCAAGGCACAGGCUGAGCGUAUGAAGCAUGUCAAGGAACAAGGCCAUGAGCCUGACUACUGGGGCGACUGCUGCGGCAUCAAAGUUCCUAGCACCAUCGCAGCAGGCGAGGAGAUGAGGAAGCGGAUGGGCAUGGGCGGAGCCUUACGACCAAUACCGUUUGACUGA